GCCGCCGCUCACUGUCCAAGUCAAGCUGUCUAUGGUCCCCGGAAGUGUCUUCUUUCUCCCCCCCUGGUGGUAAAAUGGCGGGUGUAGAUUGUGACAUGCCCAUGGCUCCCGAAUCGGAGAUAAUGAGCGAAGAGGAGAUGGAAAGGGAAGCAGAGGGCUUUAAAGAACAAGGAAAUGCCUUUUACAUCAAGAAAGAUUAUUCUGAAGCAUUCAACUUCUACACAAAAGCCAUAGAUGCAUGCCCCAAAAAUGCAAGUUACUAUGGGAAUAGAGCUGCCACCUUGAUGAUGCUGAAUCGCCACUGGGAGGCGCUGGAAGAUGCACAGCAGGCUGUCCGGAUGGACGACAUGUUUGUGAAGGGUCACCUCCGGGAAGGGAAGUGUCACCUGUCCCUCGGGAACGGCAAAGCAGCCAGCCGCUCCUUCCAGAGGGUUCUAGAACUGGAGCCAGAUAACGCUCAGGCACCGCCAGAGUUGAAAAAUGCCAACGCUGUUCUGGAAUACGAGAGAAUGGCAGAGAUUGACUUUGAAAAACGGGACUUCAGAAAGUGUGUGUUCUGCAUGGACCGUGCAUUGGAGUAUGCCCCUGCCUGCCACCGAUUCAAAAUCCUCAAAGCAGAGUGCUUAGCCCUGCUAGGACGCUACCCUGAAGCACAGUCAGUGGCCAGUGAUAUUUUGCGCAUGGACUCUACGAAUGGGGAUGCUCUGUAUGUGAGGGGGCUGUGUCUGUACUAUGAAGACUGUAUUGAGAAAGCAGUGCAGUUUUUCGUCCAAGCUCUUCGCAUGGCGCCGGAUCAUGAGAAAGCCCGGCUGGCCUGCAGAAAUGCCAAAGCUUUGAAAUCCAAGAAGGAAGAGGGAAACAAUGCCUUCAAAGACGGCAAUUAUGAAGCCGCUUAUGAACUGUACUCGGAGGCACUGACAAUAGACCCCAAUAACAUUAAAACAAACGCCAAACUCUACUGCAACAGAGGGACCGUGGGUUCGAAGCUAAAAAAAUGUGACCAAGCAAUAGAAGACUGUACAAAUGCAAUAAAACUAGAUGAAACCUACAUCAAAGCAUAUUUAAGGCGAGCUCAGUGUUAUAUGGACACAGAACAAUAUGAAGAAGCUGUUCGGGAUUAUGAAAAAGUUUAUCAGACAGAGAAAACAAAAGAACACAAGCACCUUCUAAAGACUGCGCAACUGGAACUGAAAAAAAGCAAACGAAAUGAUUACUAUAAGAUCCUGGGAGUGGAUAAAAACGCUACAGAUGACGAGAUUAAGAAAGCAUAUAGGAAACGAGCGCUCAUGCACCACCCAGAUCGUCACAGUGGAGCCAGUCCGGAGAUGCAAAAGGAAGAAGAAAAAAAGUUUAAAGAGGUGGGAGAAGCUUUUACUGUUCUCUCGGAUCCCAAGAAGAAAGCCAGAUAUGACAGCGGACAGGAUCUAGACGAAGAGGGCAUGAACAUGGGCGAUUUUGAUGCCAACAAUAUCUUCAAGGCGUUCUUCGGAGCUCCUGGGGGGGGCUUCAGCUUCGAAGGUAAUUCAUCUUCCGGUCCUGGCAAUUUUUUCUUUCAGUUUGGUUAAAAGAAAAAAAAACCGCUUUCCCCGCUCCAUUUCAAAACUUCUGAAGACUUGUCCUUCCUCCAAGUUUUAAUGUACUCCUGUUUUCAGUUGGUAUACCUCUAUUUGUGCAUAUGUAUGAAGAAAAAAGUCAUCAUAAAAUAUGGGAGGGGAAAAAAGAAACACACGGCCUCUGUGUUUUUUUUUGUUUUUUUUAUGAUAAGUUUAUUUAAAAAAAUGCUUGAGUAUUUGGUCACUAAUUUCUAUACAUCUUCAAAGUAAAUUGAUUUUAAGCUGUUUGGAUGAUUUUAUUUUUCAUGUAAGAACUGGACUAGGAAUUUUUUGUGAUCAAACUUUUUAAAAUUGGACACUAAAUGCACACUUUUUGGGGGUCUCGCACAUCCAUGUUUUAGUCCGUCCCGUCCCCCCCCCCCCCCCUUAAACACUUUUUAAAUGUUAAUGCAAUCCGAAUCUGGGAGACAGUGCACAGCUUUCAAACACUGACCUUUUUGAGGCUGCUUUGUAGAGAUUGUGAAGAAAUGUGUAGUUUGUAAAUAUGCUUAGUGCUGACUUUGGAUGGAUGAAAAAAAAAAAGUCUAAUGUAGAAAUGAUUCAGGCAAACGUGUGGAAAUUUUAGUUCUACUAUUUUUGUCUGAUUCCAUUGUUUGAGGAUGUAAGUAAUGUACCUAUGGUUAUGCCAGGGUAGUAGUAAUAAUAAUAAUCAUUAAAGUUCUGCACAUGUAGCCUGCAUUGGAACUGCAAUAUAUUUUAAUGGUCAUCAUAAAAAUGCAGUAUAUA